CACAAACAAAGCAAUCGUAGCCCGCCUGCUGGCUUUGUGCUUUCCUUCUACAGCAGAAGGACAUUCGUGUUUGUGUGUGCACGCUUGCAGGGGCAGUUUUCAGAAUCUGAGUUACUAGCAAGGAGGCGGGAGAAACCACAGGCGAAAAUCGCCGCCUUUAGCACACAACUACGAAGCAAUAGCGGCACUCGGGUCCAGUCCUGCAACCAGAGGACAGAACUAAUCCGCGGCCUUAUCUCGACAUAAACCGGAUUGCCCAGCUGGCGGAUGCAAAACAGCAAGCGUAAAUUACGCACCCAGAAGCAGACCGUCCAUGUCAAAGAUCAGGCACCACAAAGCAAUUCCACAACACAGAAGAAUGAUAAUCCUUUUCCAGCUGAUACUUUAUCUCUGGCCAACCAACAGUGCUAUAGAUGAGAGACUUUCAAAGCCCAACAUCAUCUUGUUCAUGGUUGAUGACCUUGGCAUUGGAGAUUUGGGAUGCUAUGGAAAUACAAGUCUAAGGACUCCCAAUAUUGACAAUUUAGCUAAUGGAGGCAUAAAACUAACUCAUCAUGUAGCAGCUUCCCCAUUAUGUACACCAAGUAGGGCAGCUUUCUUGACAGGCCGAUAUCCUAUCAGAUCAGGAAUGGCAAGUCUGAAUCGGGUUGGAGUCUUCAUAUUUUCAGCCUCUUCAGGGGGUCUGCCUGCUGAAGAAAUAACAUUUGCAAAGCUGCUUCAACAGGAAGGUUAUUCUACAGGUCUUAUAGGCAAAUGGCAUCUUGGUUUAAAUUGUAACAGCAGUCGUGAUUUCUGCCACCACCCCUUAAAUCAUGGAUUUGAUCAUUUCUAUGGAAUUCCUGUGAAUAAUCUUAGAGACUGCAAACCUGGGGAUGGAAGUGUUUUCAUCAAAGGAUUUAAAAUGCAUAUUUCCUCAACCCUUCAGAUCACUGGAAUUUCUCUUAUAACUUUGGAGGUUAUGCAUUAUAUUGGCUUUUUCAAAAUUCCACGUAGAAUGGUAGGCUACUUCUUUUUGUUGGUUGUUACAUUGAUGGCAAUCAUAUUCCUCUUCUUUAACAACUUUCGGCAGCUAAAUUGCUUCCUGAUGAGAAAUUACACUAUUACCCAGCAACCAUGGACUUAUGAAAACCUAACUCAGAGAUUUACAGAAGAUGCCAAACAUUUUAUAAGAAGGAAUAUUGAUAAACCAUUUCUCCUAUUCCUAUCAUACCCUCAAGUCCAUACAGCUCUUUAUGCAUCACUAGCUUUUAGAGGAAAGAGCAAGCAUGGCUUAUAUGGGGAUGCUGUGGAAGAAGUGGACUGGAGUAUAGGACAGAUUCUCCAAGUAUUAGAUCAAUGGAACUUAAGCAAGCAUACUCUUGUAUAUUUCACUUCAGAUCACGGAGCACAUCUUGAAGAAAUAUCAGACAAUGGAGAAGUCCAAGGUGGUCAUAAUGGAAUAUUUAAGGGUGGAAAGUCUACAAAUUGGGAAGGAGGGAUUCGAGUGCCUGGCCUCCUCUACUGGCCUGGUGUUCUUGACCCCGGAAAACAUAUUUAUAACCCAACAAGUAAUAUGGAUAUAUUCCCUACCAUAAUUAAACUUGCUGGAGCAUCACUGCCCAAUGACCGAAUUAUUGAUGGACAUGAUCUAAUGCCCUUGCUUCAAGGCAAUGCUCUCCAAUCUGAGCAUGAAUUUCUCUUUCAUUACUGUAAUGGAUAUUUAAAUGCAGUUCGGUGGCAUCCAAGAAACAGUAACUCUAUUUGGAAGAUAUUUUACUUCACUCCAAAUUUCAGUCCCAAAGAAUCUAAUGGAUGCUACGAUUAUCAUGUAUGCUUCUGCUUUGGGCCAUUUAUCACAUAUCAUGAUCCACCAUUACUUUUUGACCUCUUCAAGGACCCAGAAGAAAAUAAUCCACUGACACCAGAAACUGAGAGCCACUUCCAUGAAAUUCUUCAAACUAUUCAACAUGCAGUGGACAACCACGCCAACUCAAUACUUGCUGUUCCCAACCAGUUUUCACUGGGACAUAUCCUGUGGAAGCCCUGGCUUCAGCCUUGCUGUUCUUCCUUACUCCAAUGGUGUUACUGCAAUCAUGAAUCAUGAGGAAACAAAAGUUUAUGUAGAGCCUGAUAUUAUCACUGAGAAUUGUAAAGAACUCAUGUUCUUUAGGAAUAAACACGAACACAUUGCAAUUAUAUUUCCUUAAUAUUUGUAUUAAUUGUGCUUAAUAAUAAUGUAAGAGUUACUAGAACUGUGUUAAAGUGGACUCACUCAUUCUUGAAGCCCCAGCAAAAGAAGGUGAUCGUGAGAUUACAAUUUUGCUCACGUUCACCGAGUAUUUUUUCUGAGUAAAAUGGACAUCUCUGAAACAAGACCAGACUUCUAAAACAACCAGACUGCCUCCUUUACCCACAAUGCAUAUGGAAUAUGUUAUAUUUGUAAUAUAAUAUUUUCUCCAGUGUAGCAUUGUGGGAUAAUAUGCUGGCUCAUUAUUUUGGUUCAUCACACAAUCAACUAUCAAACAUCAACAUCUGUCUAUCCCAGUUCCUUGGGAAGAACUUGAUAGAUGGAUAAAAUUGCCAAAUCCAGCCUGAACAUCUGGUUGACUGUGCAAUGAAGUAUAAUUGAUUGCCAAAUUGUUAAAUUUAGUAGUAAUUAAACUAUCAUCAAAUUUGGAUUUGGUUAGGGCCUCACAUAUCACUCUACCCAGUGGCACAAAUCUAGGUUUCACUAAUUGCAGCAUAGUAUAUCAUUUAAAUGCUGAAUGGAGUUCAUAGAUGCAAUUACUUUUAUUUAAGCAUAUGCUGCAAACUCUUCCUGCCUUUUUAGAGCAAUAUAGUUUCUGGAUGAAUACUAAAUGACCAAUCCUUUACAUAUUAAUUCAAGACUGGAGAAAGUGUAGCCCUGGAAAUGCAUGUGAGUUCAGCCAGCAGAGGCAAUAAAUAGGAAUAGAGAUUGUAGUUAAGUGACAUUUGAAAAGCCAGUCGCUCUUUAUAUCAAUAGAUAAUAAAGCCAUGCUCCAAAUUUUUGAUAUUUUAGCCUACUUUAAAUAUAAAUAUUAGCAGGAAUGGACCCUAUGCAGGUGGAAUCACCUAGGAAUCUUCACACUGAUGUGAGUGUGAAACUCUAAGAUAAGUCAACCUUAACAGAAUGAAGUUGCAAGAAGAGGUUCAGUUUCUACAUAGGUGAAAGAGCUGGCCUGAAUGCUUUGCUUCAAAGCUCAUUUGGAUGUUCUGCUUCACAGAUUGCAUAAUCUAAAUGGACAGGUUUACCACAAAGUGUUCUACAUUAGUAUUGCUAUUCAAAGAGAAGAUCAAUUCUUCAUCACAUAUUUACUCCCUUCGCUGAUAUCACCAGACUGACAUGAUUUAAUAAAUACAUCUUUAAUUGGGAGUCAACCAUAAUGGAUAAUAGUAUUAUCAGUUAUUAGGCAUAAUAGAAAAAUGUAACUACUAUAGUCCAAUCCCAUUAAAUCAUACUACAUUACAGAGAUAUAGAAAGUUCAGGCCUUCAGAUUCCUUCUGUGUCCUCUAGAUGUCAAAAUUAAAUUUAACUGUUUUUCAUUUUGUUGGACAUUUAGGUGCAAUUCAAGUGAUAAAUGACAGACUGAUAGUUUUAAGUCAUCCACACUUAAAGUUUUAAGUCAUCCACAUCCACAUCCACACUCACCUAAAGUGUACUCAGAAAACAAUUCCCACCCCACAGUCUUAGAAGGUAGCUCUUCAUAUGCUACAAAAAGCUUUGCAUGGUCCUUAAACUGAUGGAAAUAGUUUAUUCCUACUAUAUUAUUUUCAAUGAUAUCUUCCUUUUGCAGAAAUGUUUUAAAUAUUUACAAGAGCUGGGGCAAGAAAAUUUUCUGUCCAAAAUUAAAGACAGAAUGUUCCAUUCUCAUGUUUUAAAUGCAAAUAAAUUGUCCUCAUCCAAGCACUUCUGUUAUUUUCAUGAGAGGAAAAGUAUGAACAUAGGAUGACAAUUAAUGUAUUUCAGUAGAUCAGUGACUCAUAGUAUUACUGCUAAUUAAUUUAACAAUAUUAAAUUAUUGAAUCACUUUAUGCUGUAGCAUGAGGCAUGCUAAAGAAUUAAGUAUUGUAUAUUAUCCCUAAAAGUCUAAUUGUUUUCAGUCUUUUUAACUGCCAAAUGUAAAUCAUUUAAAAAUUUGGGUCAUAUUUAUAGUUUAAUUGUAUUCUUAGAAUACUUCUAUCAAUCUUAGUAUGAUUAUUCUGAAUUUUAAAGGGAUUUAUGUAAUCUACAAAACUAUAACUAUGUCUG